GAAAAAAACGACCCCAAAGGAUACAACGUUGAGUUGAUACUUGAAAAGAUCUUUGGGACCAAAUCCUUUUCAAUCUCAACUAUUCCUUUCACUCGCAGUUUUCUCUCCUUCGUUGGCGCCCCGACACGACGUCUUUCUUUCCAUCUUUAUUUGUCCCCCGCCCCUCAAAAACGCCACGACCAAACCACCAUCGAGAAAAUGAACCUGCAGUUCACCGGAAAGCCACCGGCGGUGGUGGACAUCGAGCAGAUGCCAGAGACACCCCACCGAGGGUCUUACCACCGCCGGGCCCACUCCGACACCUCUUUCCGCUUCCCCAACUUGGACGAUCUCCUCCUCUUCGACCCCACCGACCUCGACCUCGACCUCUCCUCUUUCCCUUCCCCUUCCCCCACGGCAAGUGGCGCUGCUAUGGCCGUAGAUUCAUCCGACGAGUCUGGCAACCCCAACCAGUCCAACGCCACCGCCAAGCCCACCGUCGGACAGAUGGGUCACCACUUCCGUAGCCUGUCCGUUGACUCCGACUUCUUCGAUGACCUGGGCCUCGGUGGUGGAAAGGAGGCUGUGGGGGAGAAGAGGGUGCACCAUCAUAGGCACAGCAACUCUAUGGACGGCUCGUCGACGGCGUCGUUCGACGCUGACUCUGGCAUGGAGAUUAUGGACGGUAUGAAGAAGUCCCUGGGUCCUGAUAGACUGGCGGAGCUUGCUUUAAUUGAUCCCAAAAGAGCUAAAAGGAUCCUAGCUAAUAGGCAAUCUGCUGCACGUUCAAAGGAACGGAAGAUACGCUAUACAGGUGAGCUGGAGAGGAAGGUGCAGACACUUCAGUCGGAAGCAACCACCCUUUCAGCACAGGUCACUUUGCUACAGAGAGACACUACUGGCUUGACUGCUGAGAAUAAAGGGCUCAAAUUGCGAUUACAAGCUAUGGAGCAACAAGCACAUCUAAGAGAUGCUCUGAAUGAAGCACUGAGGGAAGAAGUACAGCAGCUGAAGAUAGCAGCAGGCCAACUUUCGGCCGUCAACGGGAACCCUUACAACAGAGGAUUAUCCUCUCAAUAUUCAUCCCAGCAGCCAGCCUUACAUCACUUUGCUAGCCCUCAGACCCAGCCACACCAACAGCAACAGCAACAGCAACAGCAACAGCUUCACGUGAUGCAGUCUUCUUCCAACAACCAGACUCCAAAUGGACAGCCUCGCCCUAGCUUCUUGGACUAUAACCAGGAGGGCUAGUAACGUCACAGGUUUAGCAGUAAAAUGAUGUUUAUAAAGUAGAGGGUUAUUCAUCCAAGGUAGCAUCUUGUACAUGUAUGUAUAUGUAUGGAUGUGUAUAGGUGUGGCAGUUAAAAUUUAUGAAGGGUGUUUUGCUUGUAUUAGUCCCUUGUAUCAGUUGCAGACAGGGCUGUUCCACGACUCGUAGGAUAGAUUAACUUAAAAAUAUGCUAUAGAUAAACUCCACCACAUGAACUAAUGGUUGGAUGAACGUUGUUACGUUUUCUUAUAGAACAGAACAAGGAGAUUCUGGUUUAGAAUAAUGAAACUUAAUAAUUGUUAUUGUUAGGAAUUGGAUUGCAUUGACUUCCAAUUUCUUUGAAUUA